CAGUGCGACCAAAAGUGCUACCGCUUCUACGAUGUUGGCAUCAACGCGUGGACUGAUACUAGCGGGUGCAAGGGUGAGCCGAUUGAUCUUUCACUGUGGCCCAAACAGGGACUGGCAGGUGGAUUCGGAUUCGACUGGGGCCAGGAGGUAAACCUCGAGAACAUGUUGGCGAUGCUCGACGAGGACCAACUCACAAUUGUCGCCCACGAGAUCGGUCACGGCUUCGGGCUUCCUGACUUCUAUGAGGCUACC